AUAUCUUUCUGUCCGAGCAGCUAUUCUUCUCGUUUUUGCAUUUCACCUGCAAGUUGCUGCUUCUUCAACAAUCUCGCCAUCAACAACCCAUUUGGACAGAGAGCAAGCUUCAGCAUCCGUUUAGACCUUCUGGACUUUCCUUGUGACUCGUCAUUCCUCCUCCCUACGGAAAAGAAUCAGAACCCCUCACAAGUUUGACAAUCAACCCGCCCAAAAAUGGAACCGCAUAAUAUCGCGAAGCAGCAAAAUCUUGAAGAGCCACGUUACUUGUCCUUCAAAAAGCUUCCCGAAGGCACUAAAUUGGCCAAUGGGGAGCUAGCCCUGAACAAAUACUCUUCGGCUGUUACCCAUGGCCAUGACUUCCCAGGAGCCAAAGCCAUGCUGUAUGCAGCAGGGGUCCCGGAUGAAGCAACUAUGCAAUCAGCUCCUCAUGUAGGUAUCGCCUCGGUUUGGUGGGAAGGGAAUCCGUGCAAUAUGCAUCUUCUCGAUCUUGCCAAAGAAGUAAAGAAAGGUGUCCAGAAGCUGGGGAUGCUGGGUUGGCAGUACAAUACCAUUGGAGUCUCCGAUGCCAUCACAAUGGGUGGAGAGGGGAUGAGGUUCUCUCUCCAGUCAAGAGAAAUCAUAGCAGACAGUAUCGAAACCGUAACCUGCGCUCAGCAUCACGAUGCCUGCAUCGCUCUACCAGGCUGCGACAAAAAUAUGCCCGGUGCGGCGAUGGCAUUUGCGCGUCACAACAGGCCGAGCAUCAUGGUGUAUGGUGGCAGCAUAAAACCAGGGUUCAGCACUUUGCUCCGAAAGCCUAUCAACAUUAGCACCUGUUACGAAGCUUUCGGUUCGUAUGUGUAUGACACCUUGAAGAACCCGGAUGAUCCAUCACAGACGAAGGAUGACAUCUUGUCGGACAUCGAAAAGCAUGCAUGUCCAGGAGCCGGUGCUUGUGGUGGUAUGUAUACGGCAAAUACCUUGUCGACGGCGAUUGAGGCCAUGGGCUUAAUGUUGCCCGGUUCAUCGAGCACUCCUGCGACUGAGCCUGCAAAGAUGCGUGAAUGCAUCAAGGCAGCCGAGUGCAUUAAGAUAUGUCUAGAGAAGGAUAUUAAACCUCGUGAUAUAAUGACAAAAGCUGCUUUCGAGAACGCCCUUGUCAUGCUCAUGGCUUUGGGUGGCUCAACGAACGCAGUCAUUCAUUUGAUCGCUAUGGCGCUUACUGCAGGAGUAAACCUAACUCUAGAUGACUUUCAGAGAGUUUCAGACAAAGUUCCGUUCAUUGCUGACAUGGCUCCGAGCGGGAAAUAUUACAUGGCAGAUCUCUACGAAGUUGGUGGUACUCCUGCUGUUAUGAAGCUGCUAGUGGCUGCAAACUUGAUGGAUGGUAGCCUGAUGACGGUGACUGGGAAGACCAUCGCAGAGAAUAUUGCCCCAUAUCCCUCUUUACCACAAGAUCAGGUCAUUGUCCGCCCGAUCAACAACCCCAUCAAGAAGACCGGGCAUCUUGAGAUCCUUCGUGGUAAUCUUGCUCCCGAAGGCGCUGUUGCCAAGAUCACUGGUAAGGAAGGCAUGAAGUUUACAGGCAAGGCUAUGGUUUUCGAGAAGGAGCACGAACUCGACCAGGCUCUGAAUGAGGGCAAGAUUCCUCGAGGCGAGAACAUUGUGAUUGUAGUGAGAUACGAAGGUCCAAAAGGUGGGCCAGGCAUGCCGGAGCAACUUAAGGCUUCCGCGGCCUUGAUGGGCGCAAAGUUGACAAAUGUCGCUCUCAUCACUGAUGGUAGAUAUAGUGGAGCUAGCCAUGGCUUCAUUGUUGGUCAUAUCACCCCAGAGGCUGCUGUCGGUGGCCCGAUUGCCGUGGUGCAAGCAGGGGAUAUGAUCACUAUCGACGCCGAAAACAAUACCAUCUCAUUCGAUGUGACGGAUGAAGAGAUCAAAGAGAGACUUUCGAGAUGGAAAAAGCCUCCAAUGUUGGCCACUCGAGGUACUCUUGCUAAAUAUGCUGCCCUUGUCACCGACGCAAGCCAUGGCGCAUUGACAGAUCUUUUCUAGACUUACGUAUUGAUCAUACUUCCAAGAGUCAUAAAGUGAAAAAAAAGUCGUACUAACACACUUUGAAUAUCCAACCUAGCUGCAGUGUAUCGAGACUUUGGAUGGAGAGAUUGCUGGCCUAUGGGAUAUUGAGAUAUGGAAUGGAUGCAUGUUCGCUGACAAGUAGCUCAUAGAUGGUGGGACUAGUGAGUGGAAUCUGCGCAGUAAUAAAGGAGAGUACUUCCAUAAA